GUUAAUAUCAGCCGACAAGGACUACGAAGCAACAACAAUUGACAAGCUUCAUAACCUCGAUUGUUUGUUAUUGUUUUUUAAAUAUAAUUUCUACAGGUUGUUUAAUUACUUUAUAGUUCAUUUAUCUAUACCAGCGUGUUAUUUACGCUAUGUUUUCAAUGUGUUUUUAAUGUUGUCAACCGUCUGUGAUAGUGCGAUAAGUUUGUUUAUUAGCAUCGUAAUCAGGGUAGAUCAAAGUUCAGUUCUCAUUCUUCAAUUUAACAUUUAGACUCAGCUAUUGGGGUCAAAAAGUGACAAAAUGUCCCUCUCCAAGUUGCUUAAGGCUGUGAACUCCACUGCUCGUACCUACUCAUCACAGGCCGCCCUAAACGAAGUGGUGGUUGUAUCAGCAGUGCGCACCCCAAUAGGGUCAUUUUUGGGGUCUCUGGCGCCCCUCAGCGCCACUCGUUUAGGCGCGGUCGCGGUUCAAGGCGCCAUCGAACGCGCCGGAAUCCCCAAAGAAGAAGUCAAGGAAGUUUUUUUGGGGAAUGUUUGCCAGGGGGGUGUGGGACAAGCUCCUGCUCGUCAGGCGACACUUUUUGCUGGUUUGCCCACCUCAACCAUUUGCACCACCAUUAAUAAGGUUUGUGCCUCGGGAAUGAAAUCAAUCAUGCUGGGAGCUCAAGCUCUGCAAACGGGAUCGCAAGAAGUUGUUCUAGCAGGAGGCAUGGAGUCGAUGUCCAACGUCCCGUACUACAUGAAGCGGGGCCAAACUCCAUAUGGAGGCGUUCAGCUAGUGGAUGGCGUGGUUUUGGACGGUCUGAUCGACGUGUACAACAAAGUGCACAUGGGAAAUUGUGCAGAGAACACGGCAAAGAAGCUGGGAAUAACGCGACAGCAACAGGACGAGUUCGGCAUCAGCUCCUACAAGAGGAGCGCCCAAGCUUGGCAGAAUCGGGUCUUCGACUCCGAACUGGUCCCGGUCAGUGUGCCGCAAAAGAAGGGACAGCAGGACACGGUAGUCAGCGAAGACGAAGAAUACAAGCGAGUGAAUUUCGAAAAGUUCGGCAAACUUGCCACGAUUUUCCAGCGGGAAAAUGGCACGGUAACAGCGGCGAAUGCCUCCACUUUGAAUGACGGGGCUGCGGCGCUGAUCUUAACUACAAGAGCGGCCGCUGAGCGACUCAAUCUCAAGCCUCUGGCGAGGAUUGUGGGGUUUGCGGAUGGGGCUUGCGACCCCAUAGAUUUCCCCAUCGCACCCGCCACCGCUAUUCCGAAACUUUUGCAGCAAACGGGAGUGAACAAGAACGACGUGGCUCUGUGGGAGGUCAACGAAGCCUUCAGUGUGGUGGUGCUGGCCAAUCAGCAGCUGCUGGAAAUCGAUCCAGGCAAAGUCAAUGUGCAUGGAGGGGCUGUUAGUCUUGGUCACCCCAUUGGGAUGUCGGGGGCUCGAAUCGUGGUGCAUUUGGUGCAUGCGUUAAAGCCGGGAGAAAAAGGCGUGGCGUCGAUUUGCAACGGCGGAGGUGGCGCUUCUUCUGUCAUGGUGGAGCGAUUGUAAGUUGGGAGUUUGUCCGGUUUCUGUGGAUUUUUUAUGCGUUCAUGUUCGAGUAGUUGUUAAGAUAAGCCUUUUUUACUUGUUUAUUAUGCCCAGGUUGUUUUUUUUAAUAUAUCGAGGAUCUAGUUGG